AAAUUGCUGCUGAUGCUGGAGCUGAUGUGUUGCUGACUCUCCUCCUCUGUCUCCUCUCACAGGGAGAAGAUGAUCUGCAGGAUCCUGCUGCUCAUCAUCCUCAACUCAUGUCUCUGUGCAGCAACAUUUGUAGUGAAUGUGACACAGAGCUCCUAUCAGGCAGAGGAGAACCACAGCAUCACUCUGGAGUGGACCUUCACCACCACACCUGAUCGACCCUGGAGAGAUCUGUUCAUCUACUGCAGCUUGUUAACUCCUAGGAAAGAAUCAGUCCUUUAUCAGGUCCAUGAUGGAGUUGAGGUGUCAGAGUCUCAGGAUGAACAGUUUUCAGGACGAGUCCAGAGUGACAAAGACGUCCUCAGAGAAGGACGAAUCAGACUCCAUGUGUCCAGACUGAGGACUGAAGACUCUGGACAGUAUUACUGUGAUGUUCAGACUGAGGAUGGUUCUGGUUCUGCAGGGACCAGGAUCACAGUCUCUGGCCCAAUGUCAGCCAAGAUGAUGACAGAAUCGGUUCUUCAGUGGAACCUCAUCACUCCAGCCCCACAGGAGGAGACCAUCAGUACCGGAACCCGGUCCAGGCUGCCUCUGUGUUUUGCUGUUAUUUCUUUCUUCAUUUCUCUGAGUUUAAUUUUCAUCUUCAAACUUAAAACGAACAAGAAAUUUGAAGAGAAACUGCUGAGACAAGCCUCCGCCUUGGAGUCUGGAUGCCUUGCUCAAGGGCAGGUCAGGGUUCAUGUAGAUGGGAGCUCCAUGAGGUCUUCUCUCCUGCAGCUUUCUGAGGGCUCGGAUUCAAACCAGCAACUGCAGCAUCAAGGAAAGCCUGGAGAAGAGCUGAGCCUUCAGUCGGAGGACCAUGGAUGAUGGGUCCAGAAAGAC